UGUAUCCAUUUUUUUCCUUCCUUGUUCUUAAAUCUGUUUUUCUUUCCUAGAUGAAUUAAGGAAGUUGCAAGAGCAAAUGAAGUCCUUACAGGAACAGCUAAAAGCAGCAUCACUUAAACAGUCUUCAAGUUCAGCCCUUCCACAUAAAUCCCCUGAAAGUAAGUCUCCACGGCCCCCUCUUAAGGAGAAGAAAGUUCAGAGAAUUCAAGAAUCAACAUGCUUUUCUGCAGAGCUUGAUGUCCCUGCCCUACCAAGAACCAAGCGAGUAGCUCGGAAACCAAAGACUUCUACAGGUAACUUUCUAGAGGCCAAGAGCUCAUUUUCAAGGAUGACAAGUGCACCCUCCCAGCCACUCCAAACUGUUCCUGGGAACAAACCCAGUAGGAUAACUAGAGAGCAGAGCUUGGGGACACCAGGGAAUUCUGGAGCACUACCAGCUCAGCAGGUCUCUGUGGAAGCCUUCUCUGGCCUGCGACUCAGGCGACCUAGAGUAUCCUCCACAGAAAUGAACAAGAAAAUGACUGGCCGAAAAUUAAUCAGACUGUCCCAGAUAAAGGAAAAGAUAGCAAGUGAGAAACUGGAAGAAAUGGAAUGGGUGACAUUUGGAGUUAUAGUGAAGAAAGUCACUCCACAGAGUACUAACAAUGGGAAAACAUUUAGCAUUUGGAGACUAAAUGAUCUUCGGGACCUCACGCGAUAUGUGUCAUUAUUCUUGUUUGGGGAAGUUCAUAAAGGACUCUGGAAAACAGAGCAAGGUACUGUCAUCGGAUUGCUAAAUGCUAAUCCCAUGAAGCCCAAGGAUGGUUCAGAGGAGGUGUGCUUGUCUAUUGAUCAUCCUCAGAAGGUUUUAAUUAUGGGUGAAGCUCUUGACUUGGGAACAUGUAAAGCCAAGAAGAGAAAUGGAGAGCCUUGUACACAGACUGUUAAUUUGAAUGACUGUGAGUACUGUCAGUAUCAUAUCCAGGCUCAGUACAAGAAACUCAGUGCAAAGCGAGCUGAUUUGCAAUCCACCUUCUCCGGAGGACGUAUACCAAAGAAAUUUGCACGCAAAGGUGCCAGUCUAAAAGAGCGCCUGUGUCAAGAUGGUUUUUACUAUGGAGGAGUGUCUUCUGCAUCAUAUGCCGCUUCCGUUGCUGCGGCUGUUGCUCCUAAGAAGAAGGUUCAAACUACUCUAAGUAAUCUGGUUGUGAAGGGCACAAACUUGAUCAUUCAGGAAACUCAGCAAAAACUCGGAAUACCCCAGAAGGCCUUGUCUUGCUCUGAGGAGUUCAGGGAACUGAUGGACCUGCCAAUAUUUGGAGCCAGAAACUUAAAAGAACACUUAGUGAAAGCCAAGGCUUCAGGGUUCAUGGGAAGCUCAAAACCUGCCAUCCAGUCUAUCUCAGCAUCAGCCCUCCUGAAACAGCAGAAGCAGAAAAUGUUGGAGAUGAGGAAGAGGAAAUCAGAAGAAAUUCAGAAACGAUUUCUUCAAAGCUCCAGCAAAGACCAGAGACCAGCUGUUCCAUGCUCAUCUCAGCUUCCCACUUUCCAGUCUCUGAGAACAGGGGCUGAGUUCCCAGGGCUGGAAGGCACAGUGGCCACACAAGUGCCUAAGCUUGGCCGAGGCAUCUCAGAAGGGGAAGAUGUUCUCUUUUUUGAUGAGUCACCACCACCAAGACCAAAACUGAGUGCAGUUGCAGAAGCUAAAAAGUUGGCUGCUAUCUCCAAAUUAAGGGCAAAAGGCCAGAUUCUUACAAAAACUGAUCCAAAUAACAUUACAAAGAAACAAAAGGACUCCCAGAAUGUCCUGGAAGUGAAGAAUCGUGUAGAAAAGAACAAUACAUUUUCUCCUCAAGCUGAGGAUGAAUUUGAGCCUGCCAAGAAAAAAAGGAGAGAGCAGCUCUCUUACCUGGAAUCUGAGGAAUUCCAGAAAAUUCUAAAAGCAAAGUCAAAGCACACAGGCAUCCAGAAAGAGUUGGAAGCUGAGCUUCAGGAAUGCUAUUUCGAGCCACUGAUGAAAAAAGAACAAAUGGAAGAAAAGAUGAGAAACAUCAGAGAAGUGAAGUGUCGAGUAGUGACGUGUAAGACAUGCGCCUACACCCACUUCAAACCUUUGGAGACCUGUGUCAGUGAGCAACAUGACUACCACUGGCAUGAUGGCAUCAAGAGGUUUUUCAAGUGUCCCUGUGGAAACAGAAGCAUCUCCCUUGACAGGCUCCCAAAGAAGCACUGCAGUAAUUGUGGCCUCUACAAAUGGGAACGAGAUGGAAUGCUAAAGGAAAAGACUGGUCCAAAGAUUGGAGGAGAAACCCUAUUGCCAAGAGGAGAAGAACAUGCUAAAUUUCUGAAUAGCCUUAAAUGACCCUAACUUCAGAUAUUUUUUUUCACAAUCUGUCUUGCUUCUUGUGAGUCUGGAAAAGCAAGGGACUCGCUCUGCAUUGCCCAUGUUUCUGAUUGACACCAUUAGAAACAAAAACUUGUUAAUAAGCCCAUCCACUUUCCUUAAUUACUUUCCUCUGUUGUAUUAAUUUUACACCAAAUAUAACUGACUUACCGGUGGAAAAUCAAGAUAUCCUGAGCUUUCCUGUUCUCACUUUAGAUGACCGCAUUACUGCAUUCACAUAAAUUUUUGGAGUUACUCCUUAGUUACACUAAAUCUUGGAGGGCUUUCCUUUGAGGUGUUUUAGAACAUUGAGCAAUGAAUGGGUGGGCCAGGGGUACAGCACAGGUGGGGGAACUUACUUGUAGGCCUUGAAAACAUUCCUAAUGAGAUCAGUCUUUUAAUCCUGUUUAUCAACAUGUAUUAAAUGCUUUCAUGCAAACCUAA